AUGGCGGAGCAGUGGGAUCUGGACGAGGAAGGCGUCCGCCGCCUGGGGGCGCUGACCCUGGAGCAGCCCGAACUGGUGGAGUCUCUUUCAUUGCAGGGAUCUUAUGCUGGAAAAAUUCAUUCCAUUGGUGAUGCCUUCAGAAAUUUUAAAAACCUCCGAUCCUUAGAUUUAUCAAGAAAUUUGAUCACUAGCCUGAAGGGCAUCCAGUAUUUAUGUUCACUCCAAGACCUGAAUUUAUAUUAUAACAACAUUCCUUCAUUAGUGGAGGUGUCCCGCCUACAGUCUUUACCCUUCCUCAAAGAACUAGAUUUGAGACUCAAUCCUGUUGUCAGGAAAGAUACAGAUUAUAGGCUCUUUGCUGUGUACACGCUACAAACUCUGGAGAAACUGGAUGACCGAGCAGUGCGAGCAAGUGAGAGAAAAGCUGCCAAGCUGCAUUUUAGUCAGUUGGGCAACAGUGAAAAUUUUCUUUUAGAGGUGGAAAAAAGCUCUAGGGAGAAGGCAAUGAAAAACUGCAUGACAGAUGAGAGUUCUGCAUCAAAAGUCAAUGCUGAUAUUGAUAACAGAGUUGAAACAGACUCAAACAAAGGACUUUUUAUUCCCUUCCCCAACCGGGAAAUAAAGGAUUCUCUAACGAGUACUUCUGCAACCCAGGGCAAUGGUAUAGCAGAUCAGAAAUUGGACACUUACUCACUGGGGACACAGGAAGUGGCAAGAAGGGAGGUCCCAAGUGACAAUCACCAAGAAGAUGAAUUCAGACGCUACUCUCCUCAUCAGUCCACAGUCCGAUCCCCAGAGAAGAUGGCUAGAGAAGGGUACCGACUAUCUUUUUUGAACAAUAAGUCUUCAGCUUCUCCAGAAAAGGACUUGAUACUAAAGGCUGAUACUUACCAGCUUACCCAUGAUGUCUCAGUGGGUAAACGCCUGGAUGUGGGUGAUUCUAGCCAGAUCCAUCCCCAUCAGUUACCUUCAGAUGUUGGUCUAGAAAAUUAUGAUAGUCAUUAUUCUCAAAAUCUAUCCCUGCAUGGAAGUCUUGGCAAAAGGCCUCAGAGAAGCAAGAACUAUCGAGAAUAUAGCAUAAAACCUUCAAAUGACAUGAAGGCCACCACAUCCCAUUCCUGUGGAGACUUACUGACUUCUCUGUCAAACCCUGUCUUCAGCACCGGAAGGCUUUUGAAGCUUAGUUCAGAUCUGUAUGCCACAACCCAUUUCAACAGUGACCCUGCUUUGCUGGUCAACGUAGAGCAACAAUUAUCUACCAGUCUCGGUGAUGUAACACCAGCACAUGGUUCUUUCCCAAACAACUCCACCCUGGGAGACUCUCUACGGACACUGCUAUUGCCUACUGUGACCUCAGAAAACAGAGAGAGUUUGACCAAGGGGUCAUUAAGCCCAUCAAGGAGAGGAUUCAAAUGGAAGGACAAUCUCCUUGCCACCUUGAAUCCAAAGAUUGGUUUCCAAGAUGCUACCGGCAGUGAGCCUCUCUCUAGUGACCUGGGCAGUUUGCAUGGUUUGCCAGGGAACCACAGUCCCCUGAUUUCUGCCAGAACUUCCCAUGUGGCCACUGUCCUCAGACAGCUCUUGGAGCUUGUGGAUAAGCACUGGAAUGGCUCUGGCUCCCUCCUCCUUAACAAGACGUUUCUUGGUCCUGCCCGAGAUUUACUUCUGACUUUGGUAGUCCCUGCUCCUUCCCAGCAGUGGUGUCACUCGCAUCCUGAAGACACAUCAAAAACCUUCCACAGCAGAGAGAUGGAACCAAAGGAGGCCGGGCAGGUGGUCCCUAAUGACAUGGAAAGUUUGAAGCAAAAACUGGUCAGAGUGCUAGAGGAAAACCUCAUUUUGUCAGAAAAAAUCCAGCAGUUGGAGGAAGGUGCUGCCACCUCGAUUGUGAGUGGGCACCAGCCCCACACUUAUGAUGAUCUUCUGCGCAAAAACCAACAGCUGACCAUGCAGGUGGCUUGCCUCAACCAGGAGCUUGCCCAGCUGAAAAAGCUGGAGGAGACAGUGGCCCUUCUCCAUGAAAGUCAAAGAUCCCUGGUGGUAACUAAUGAGUAUCUGCUGCAGCAGCUGAAUAAAGAGCAAAAAGGUUAUUCUGGGAAAGCACUCCUGCCUCCUGAGAAGAGUCAUCAUUUGGGGAGAUCGUCACCCUUUGGGAAAAGGACGCUGUCUUCCUCCUCACCAGUGGCACAUGACACGGUGUUCCUACCCCAAACCAUACUAUUCCUCUCCAACCCCACUCAAGGGACUCUGCCUGGGGCAGGGACAUCCCAGAACAGCCUGUGGGAUGAGGGAAUGAACCCUUGUACUGCUUUGCCACCUUAUCUGGAUGAGAAAAAAAAGGUAUUUGUGAGUAUCUGUUAA